AUGAAAUUUGAUUGCAUUUAAUCUGAUAUAUUAAACAAAUAGAUUGGCAUAAAAUCUAAAUCUUCAAAUUCCAGGAGAAAAUGUAAAAUUUAAAAUAACCUCAAAAGAAGAAAUUUUAACAUCGAUUGGAUAUCAAACAUGGUUUUAUGGUAAGAGUAUUUAAACCUUAAAAGAAGUAGAAUUAUUACCAUUUACCUAAGAACAAAGUUCAGAAUAUAUUAGAUAAUAUUGUGAAGUCAGUGUUAAAAGAGCUAUCAAAGAUUUUAUGAAUUUCUUAAAUAAUUCAGGGGAUAAAUUCUAUCCAUCAAUGAACUCAAGCUAUUAGGGAGUUCUUUGGAAGAAAAUAUUAACACAUUAAUUAAAAAUAAACUUAAGAAUUUUUAUUCAAUCUCCAAGAUGUAGAUCGAAUUAUAAUAAAACUUUAAGCUUUAGAUUUUUUUAAUCAUAUAUGAACAGAUUAAAUGAUCUCAUUGAAAAAAGAGCUUCUUAAAUUAUGGGCUUAACAAAAAUUUAAUACAGUAAUUAAAAAUGUAAAUAGAAAUCACUUUAUGAGUACCCCAUUUAUGAUGGAAUUGAUUGUUUAUGUGACGCAAAUAUUAUUGUUGCAGCAUUUAAGCUUAAUUUAUUUACUGCAUAUGACUUUUAUGAAACGUUUGUAUCAUUUUACCACAUUCAACAACUUUAAAAUUAUAAGGGGUUUGGAAAAACUUUUAAUUAUGAAACCACUUUAAAUGAUUUACAAGAGUUUUCUUUAUAUUUAGCUCUUGAUAUGACUACGAAUUAACUUACUUAAGUGAAUUACAAAUAAAGAGGAAAUUUUUAAUUAGCAAAAUGCUUUAAAUAGGGGUAAGAUUAAAAUACAUGGGAAGAUUACUACUUUGAUGAUCAGAAUAUUGUAAUUUAAUAAAAUAGUGUAUAUUACUAAGGUUAAAAUGAAGCAUAUAUGCGUUUAAUCAUAAAUCAAUUCAAGAGUUUUUUGUAGCUAAAUAUAUUUUAAAUUUGCUUUAAAGAAAAGCUCAAGAAUAAGAUGAGUCGAUUUUAUGUAGAAAUUUAUACAACAAUCAAUUAAAUACAAAUUAAUUUAAUAUAUCUUUAGAUCACUAUUCAGGUUCAAUAGAAUUAUUAAGACCAAAGUUGAAUUCUAUUUCUAAUAUUAAGAACAAACUACUGUAAAUUACACAAUUAUCCAAUAAUAAAAAUCAAUAAAAAUUAAUUCGAGCAGCAUCAAAUACUAUAUAUUGUUAAUUAAGCAAAUUAUGUAUGAAUUUAUUAUAUUUAGUCAAUUUUAAACUCAUAUUCCUAUCAAAUAUACGGAAAAUUAUAUUUUUUAAAAUUAAAAAUUAAUGAAAUUAACAUUCUAAAUCAUUAUAUCUACAAGUAAUGUUAUUCUAACAAAAUUAAAUAACCUUACUUUUUUUAGUUCUAAUUUAAACCCUACUUAGUUCAAGAAUGUAUCUAUUGAAUCGUGCAAUUUCAAUUCCGCAACAAUUGAAUAUGCUAAUUGGAAAAAUAUCAUUUGUAAAGAAAAAUAAACCUUAAUUGGUCACAAAAAAAAUUAAUUAAAAGUUUAUUCUUCUCAAAGGAUGAAAAAAAAUUAAUAUCAGAAAGUGAAGAUGGCACAGUUAAAAUUUGGUAAGGGGAUGAAGAAAAAAUGUUUAAAUUUCCAAAUGAUUAGCAAAUUAUUUCUGCUCCUUAUUCUGAAGAAUAAAAUAUUUUAGCAUGCUUAACUAAAUAAUCAAUUUAAAUAUUAUAAUGCAAUGAUCUUGCUUUGGCGAAAAUAGUUCCUUUUUAUAAUUAUAAUUAUUUAAGCAUUAUACUAUCUCCUAAUAAAUAAUAUAUUGCUGCAAAAGAUUAGUCGUCAAUUUUCAAUAUUUGGAAAAUCGAAGCCUUAUAAAUAAAUCCCAACUCCUAAAGUAAUUAAUUAAAAUUGUCAUUGUCAAUAAACUCACAUAUGCUUCACAUAAUAAUGCUAAAUUAAAUCUUAAUUUUGUAAAUUAGAGAAUUUUAAGAUUAUACAGAGGUUACAGUACUACCAUUUACAACUUAUUCAUUAGCUUUUUCUAAUGAUGAUUAAGUACUAGCUACAGGAUUAGAUAAUAAAAUAAAUUUUUGGAGUUUGA